AUGAGUGGAGUGGCAGACAACUCACUGGAGCCCAUGUGCUCCGAACGGAAACGCAAGAUCUCCACCUGUGAUACACCAGGCCUUGGGCGAGUCACUGUUGGGAGCUGUGCCUCUGUCUGCAUCUCCUUCCUUUCUGUCUAUCUUUGUGUGUGUGUGACUGACUGUGCCUGUCUUUCAGUGUGUUUAUAAGCAAAGUGUUUUCUUUCCUCCCUAGCCUCUGUGAAAUGCCCCUUUCCUUGGCUUCAAUAUCUGUUUUUCAAUCCCGAAGAUUUCUGGUCGUUAUGGAGAGAGAGGUGUGGUUGUCAUGGUGACAUAUUUGACCCCCCCCCACCCUGCAGGUGUGACAAGCGUAGGAGGGAGCAGGAGAGUAAAUACAUAGAGGAACUGGCCGAGCUGAUCUCUGCCAACCUCAGCAACAUGGACAGCUUCAACGUGAAGCCAGACAAAUGUGCCAUCCUCAAGGAAACCGUCCGGCAGAUCAGGCAAAUCAAAGAGCAAGGUACCAGCUCCCUAAUUCUCUCAUUCACUGAUCCUCUUAAUAUCAGCAUGUUUUGGAUUUUAACUUAACAAAAAAAGGAGGUAGACGGAGGAGAACAUGGUUUGUCAUUCAUGAAUCAUUGGUGUAGUAUUUGCUCAGUGCAUGGUUUUAUGGUUAGGAUGCCCGUGUCAAACUGGGCUGUAGAGACUGUCAGUGAUGAAGCUGUUAGGUGGUGGCUGCCUGGCCUGGCCUCUGUGUUUGUGUUUGGGGGAAAUGAACACCAGUAAUUGAGUUGUGAUGGCUCAAGGCCAUGGUGCUCCAGGCUCAUGUGUCUGUUUGCACUGGAGUGGCAGGCCCAGCCUGAGAGACGGAUGGGACUAGAGAGCAGGGUGUGUGGGAGGGGAGGUCUCUCAAGACAGGGGAGGUGAGGGAUUCCAGCACCAUAAAUCACUCGCCCCCCUCCCUUCCCCUUUGCGGAUCUGAAGUGGUUGGAUCGGUGUAAGCAGUAUGGUAUUAGCACCACCUAGCCUUCUGGUAGGUUAUGUGCAGCUUAUACCUAUGAAGUCCACUCGGAUUAGACCAGUGAGGAAGGUGAAGCGAGAAGGAAGGAAAGUUAUUGGAUUAGAAUCCACCCCAGGGCCACAGCUGGCUGCUGCUGCUUGGAGCUUUGUACAGCCAGGUUGCCAUAGUUACAGGAAGUGAAUGAUGAAGGCCCUCCUUCUCUUGUUUUCUCACAGUUACCUUUCAACCACCUAUCUAUCUCUUGCCUUCUUUUUCUCCAAUUCCUUUACUCCUCAUGUCUGUCUAAUUUAGUCCUACUGUUUCCACUCUUCCCUCACAUUAGUGUUAGCCUUGUGGAACUCUACAUAAAGAAAACUAGAAGCAAUUUUUAUUCAAUCUCUCCCUUCCAAGUGAAUCUCCCUCGGAAUCAGAAUAUGUUGAACACGGAACUAUAUCAUGAUUGAAAAUCUAAUGGUCUUUUUAGAAGUGUAUAAACAUUGUUAAGGCUUCCUCCUGGUGGCGGACAGUGUCAUUUUGCAGUGACAAGUGGUUGACUGGAUAACUGGUGUCUCUCUUUCUGUAUGCUAAUUUUGGGCUCCUGUAAAACUGUUUUGCAGUUAUGUUUCUGAUUUCUCCUCACAAUUCCACAAUGGAUAUUAAGUUGCUUGUUGAGAGUGUUAUGUCCUGCAAUAUGUGUUGCACUAUAAUAACUGGAUUGACCUUAUCUACUGUGAAGUGACUGUGGGUCCUUGUCCCUCUGCAGGGAAGAGUUCGUGCAGCGAUGACGAUGUCCAGAAGGCAGAUGUGUCCUCCACCGGUCAAGGGGUCAUUGACAAGGACCAUCUGGGACCGCUGCUGCUACAGGUUAGCCUGGGGACAGGGUGGGGGUCAAAGGGCAGUGGAAUUAUGUUCACCUCCUUAUGUUGAAUCAGUGACAUACAAGACCGUGAACAGCUCUUGUAUGUACAGGGGUGCAGCUGGUCACAAACAUUAGUAUUGAUAGUUAUUGACACAAACAAUUCAAUUAUCCUCCCCCUGUUCCUCCCUCCUCCUCUGGCUCAGGCCCUGGAUGGGUUUCUGUUUGUGGUGAACCGGGAGGGCAGCAUAGUGUUUGUGUCUGACAACGUGACCCAGUACCUGCAGUACAAACAGGAGGAGCUCAUCAACACCACUGUCUACAACAUCCUCCAUGAGGAUGACAGGGAGGAGCUGCACAAGAACCUGCCCAAGAACAACGGUGCGAGACACACUUUUUUUUAUUUAUUUAGGGAUACUGCAGAACGGCAUUAAAGUAAUUCUUACAGCAUAAUAGUAAUUAUUGUGUCCCCUUGUCUCAUCCAGCUCCCAAUGGUGGGUCAUGGGGAGGAGAGGCACUGCGGCAGAAGAGCCACACCUUUAACUGCCGUAUGCUGGUGAAGGACGGUCACGGACAGAACCAUGGGCAGUCUGAGGGUCCCAACAGGCAGCGCUACGAGACCAUGCAGUGCUUCGCCCUGACCCAGCCCCGUGCCAUGAUGGAGGAAGGAGAAGGUAGGGGGCUAGGGGCAGGGCAGGACAUCCUCAAUCAUGUGUAACAGUUAGAUGUGUCUUUUCUAUUUAUGAUGCAGACCUGUACUCCUCACAUUGACUUUCUGUAAAUGUAUUAUGGGAACUGGGACAUAAGUGUUGUAGAGCCUGAUAUACACUACCGGUCAAAGGUUUUAGAACACCUACUCAUUCAAGGGUUUUUCUUAAUUUUUACUAUUUUCUACAUUGUAGAAUAAUAGUGAAUACAUCAAAACGAUUAAAUAACACAUAUGGAAUUAUGUAGUAACCAAACAUGUGUUAAACAAAUCAAAAUACAUUUUAUAUUUGAGAUUCUUCAAAUAGCCACCCUUUGCCUUGAUGACCGCUUUGCACACUCUUGGCAUUCUCUCAACCAGCUUCAUGAGGUAGUCACCUGGAAUGCAUUUCAAUUAACAGGUGUGCCUUCUUAAAAGUUAAUUUGUGGAAUUUCUUUCCUCCUUAAUGCGUUUGAGCCAAUCAGUUGUGUUGUGACAAGGUAGGGGGGGGUAUACAGAAGAUAGCCCUAUUUGGUAAAAGACCAAGUCCAUGUUAUAGCAAGAACAGCUCAAGUAAGCAAAGAGAAACGACAGUCCAUCAUUACUUUAAGACAUGAAGGUCAGUCAAUACGUAAAAACCAUCAAGCGCUAUGAUGAAACUGGCUCUCAUGAGGACCGCCACAGGAAUGGAAGACCCAGAGUUACCUCUGCUGCAGAGGAUAAGUGCAUUAGAGUUACCAGCCUCAGAAAUUGCAGCCCAAAUAAAUGCUUCACAAGUUCAAGUAACAGACACAUCUCAACAUCAACUGUUCAGAUGAGACUGUGUGAAUCAGGCCUUCAUGGUCGAAUUGCUGCAAAGAAACCACUACUAAAGGACACCAAUAAUAAGAAGAGACUUGCUUGGGCCAAGAAACAAGAGCAAUGGACAUUAGACCGGUGGAAAUGUGUCCUUUUGGUCUGGAGUCAAAAUUUGAGAUUUGUGGUUCCAACCGCCUUGUCUUUGUGAGACGCGGUGUGUGUGAACGGAUGAUCUCCACAUGUGUAUUUCCCACCGUAAAGAAUGGAGGAGGUGUUAUGGUGUGGGGGUGCUUUGCUGGUGACACUGUCUAUGAUUUAUUUAGAAUUCAAGGCACACUUAAUCAGCAUGGCUACCACAGCAUUCUGCAGCGAUACGCCAUCCCAUCUGGUUUGGGCUUAGUGGGACUAUCAUCUGUUUUUCAACAGGACAAUGACCCAACACACCUCCAGGCUGUGUAAGGGCUAUUUUACCAGGAAGGAGAGUGAUGGAGUGCUGCAUCAGAUGACCUGGCCUCCACAAUCCCCCGACCUCAACCAAAUUGAGAUGGUUUGGGAUGAGUCGGACCGCAGAGAGAAGGAAAAGCAGCCAACAAGUGCUCAGCAUAUGUGGGAACUCCUUCAAGACUGUUGGAAAAGCAUUCCAGGUGAAGCUGGUUGAGAGAAUGCCCCAAGUGUGCAAAGCUGUCAUCAAGGCAAAGGGUGGCUAUUUGAAGAAUAUAAAAUAUAUUUAGAUUUAACACUUUUUUUUGGUUACUACAUGAUUCCAUAUGUGUUAUUUAAUAGUUUUGAUGUCUUCACUAUUAUCCUACAAUGUAGAAAAUAGUAAAAAUAAAGAAAAACCCUUGAAUGAGUAGGGAUUCUAAAACUUUUGACCGGUAGUGUAGGUUAAUUUAGAGAAUGAUUGUGUAUACUGACUGGGCUGUGUCCACUGUGGCUGUGUAUGUCCAGACCUGCAGUCGUGUAUGAUCUGUGUGGCCCGUCGCGUCAAUGCAAUUGAGAGGAGCGAGAGGUUCAGCACCCGCCAUGAGCUCUCAGGUGAGAUGACUUUAAACAAACUACAUUCACAUGUUCAUUUUCUAUUCAAAUGCUUGUUCCAUUCGUUCAAUCUGAGUAACAUAACAGUCUCAAACUGUUGAGAUUGUCUAUUGAGCUGCAUAAUUUUAGGACUAUACAGUUUAGAACAUGAAUUUGAGUCAGGGACACAUACAGUUGAAGUCGGAAGUUUACAUACACCUUAGCCAAAUACAUUUAAACUCAGUUUUUCACAAUUCCUGACAUUUAAUCCUAGUAAAAAUGUCCUGUCUUAGGUCAGUUAGGAUCACCCCUUUAUUGUAAGAAUGUGAAAUGUCAGAAUAAUAGUAGAGAGAAUGAUUUAUUUCAGCUUUUAUUUCUUUCAUCACAUUCCCAGUGGAUCAGGUAGUUUACAUACACUCAAUUAGUAUUUGGCAGCAUUGCCUUUAAAUUUUUUAACUUGGGUCAAACGUUUCGGGUAGUCUUCCACAAGCUUCCCACAAUAAGUUGGGUGAAUUUUGGCCCAUUCCUCCUGACAGAGCUGGUGUAACUGAGUCAGAUUUGUAGGCCUCCUUGGUCGCACACGCUUGUUCAGUUCUGCCCACACAUGUUCUGUAGGACUGUGGUCAGGGCUUUGUGAUGGCCACUCCAAUACCUUGACUUUGUUGUCCUUAAGCCAUUUUGCCACAACUUUGGAAGUAUGCUUGAGGUUAUUGUCCAUUUGGAAGAUCCAUUUGCAACCAAGCAUUAACUUCCUGACUGAUGUCUUGAGAUGUUGCUUCAAUAUAUCCACAUAAUUUUCCUUCCUCAUGAUGCCAUCUAUUUUGUGAAGUGCACCAGUCCCUCCUGCAGCAAAGCACCCCCACAGCAUGAUGCUGCCUCCCCCAUGCUUCACGGUUGGGAUGGUGUUCUUCGGCUUGCAAGCACCCCCUUUUUCCUCCAAACAUAAUGAUGGUCAUUAUGGCCAAACAGUUCUAUUUUUGUUUCAUCAGACCAGAGGACAUUUCUCCAAAAAGUAUGAUCUUUGUCCCCAUGUGCAAUUGCAAACCGUAGUCUGGCUUUUUUUAUGGCGGUUUUGGAGCAGUGGCUUCUUCCUUGCUGAGCGGCCUUUCAGGUUAUGUCGAUAUAGGACUCGUUUUACUGUGGAUAUAGAUACUUUUGUACCUUUUUCCUCCAGUAUCAUCACAAGGUCCUUUGCUGUUGUUCUGGGAUUGAUUUGCACUUUUUGCACCAAAGUACGCUAAUCUCUAGGAGACAGAACGUGUCUCCUUCCUGAGUGGUAUGACGGCUGCGUGGUCCCAUGGUGUUUAUAUUUGCGUACUAUUGUUUGUACAGAUGAAAGUGGUACCUUCAGGCGUUUGGAAAUUCCUCUCAAGGAUGAACCAGACUUGUGGAGGUCUACCAUUUAUUUUCUGCGGUGUUGGCUGAUUUCUUUUGAUUUUCCCAUGAUGUCAAGCAAAGAGGCACUGAGUUUGAAGGUAGGCCUUGAAAUACAUCCACAGGUACACCUCCAAUUGACUCAAAUGAUGUCAAUUGGCCUAUCAGAAGCUUCUAAAGCCAUGACAUAAUUUUCUGGAAUUUUCCAAGCUGUUUAAAGGCACAGUCAACUUAGUGUAUGUAAACUUCUGACCCACUGGAAUUGUGAUACAGUGAAUUAUAAGUGAAAUAAUCUGUCUGUAAACAAACAAUUGUUGGAAAAAAUACUUUUGUCAUGCACAAAGUAGAUGUCCUAACCGACUUGCCAAAACUAUAGUUUGUUAACAAGACAUUUGUGGAGUGGUUGAAAAACAAGUUUUAAUGACUCCAACCUAAGUGUAUGUAAACUUCCGACUUCAACUGUGUAGAGAGAGUCAAAAUUAAAUAAGAAUACAGUUGCCAUGUAUGUGACCCAUGCCCUGUGUGUGGUUGUGUUGUCUGAUAGGAAAACUGAUAGAGAUCGAACAGCAGAGUUCUCUCCACACCACCAUGCAUCCAGGCUGGGAGGACCUGGUGAGGCGCUGCAUGCAGAUGUUCCUCCAUCACAGUGAGGGCCAGCCCUGGUCCUUUAAACGCCACUACCAGGAGGGUACGUCUCUCUCUGCUAAACUCUUCUGGCUCCAUGCUCCCUGCAAUAUAAUCAUCUUCUCACCAAUGUCUCACCUUGAUACUGAGCUAUAAAUGCACAAGUACAAAGCAUCUCUGCUCCUAAUUUAUAACAAAGGCUACUAUUAGGUGAUAAGCAUGUUGGUUGGUCAGUCUCAUUGUCUCUGUCUUCAUGGUUUUCUCCCUCUCUCCUCUCCAGCCUUUCUGCAUGGCCGUGCCGAGACGCCAUCUUACCGGUUCUCUCUCUCCGACGGCACCCCGGUCACUGCUCAGACCAGGAGCGAACUGUGUCGUAACCACGCCUCCAAUGAGCCACCCACCUUCCUUUCUACCCACCUGCUACAGAGGUUAGUCUGUCAGCUUGGAGUGCUCAGAGCCAUGGCAUCACCAUCACCCACUCAGUGUAGGAUUUGACUGUUUUCUAUGUCCAGUUGUAGUAGAUCAGAUUUAGGUUUUUACUGUAUAGUAGAUACAAUAAGUACAGUAUAGUGUUUUCCACUCCUCACCCCUCAUUCUCCUUCUCUCUGUCAGGGAGCAGAAUGGCUACCAAACCAACCAUGGGGGUGUGAUGAGGCCACAGGGCAUGGGCCUCACCAAUCCCAACACCCAGAUGAACAUGGCUCCUGGAGGGGGCAUGGGUGUCAUGAACAGGGGUUACGGCAUGGGGGCAGAGCAGGGGCACAUGGGUCAGAGAGGCGGCCCCCCGUAUGCAGCGGGCAACAGGAUGAACUCCAUGAAUCAGACUAAUCAGACUAACGCGAUGCACCAGAUGAAUCAAAUGAACCCUUCGAUGCAUCAAAUGAACCCUUCGAUGCAUCAAAUGAACUCUUCGAUGCAUCAAAUGAACUCUUCGAUGCAUCAAAUGAACUCUCAAAUGAAUUCAAUGCACCCAUUGAACAAUAUGAGUCCGACGAAUUCCAUUAAUCAAACAAACUCCAUUCAUCCAAUGAACUCUCAGAUGAAUUCAAUGAACCAGAUGAAUUCUAUGAGUCAGAUUAACCAGAUAAAUCGAAUGAACCAGAGUCGUCAGAUGAGCCUCCCUGGAAUGCAUCAGCAGCAUCAACAUCCUCAGCAGCAGCAGGCCCCGUUCCAUGGUGCUGGGUACGGAAUGGGGGCCAUGACUAGCCCCCCCCAGGGCAGUCCAGGUAUGAAUGCCUCCCAGCAGAACAUCAUGGGCUCCCCUAGAGUAAGGGGGAGCCCCAAAAUGUGUGCUAGCCCCUUCUCUCCAGGAGGUAUGCACUCUCCCAUGAGCUCGAGUCACCCAGGGGGGUCAGGAGGGAGCACCGGUUUCUCCAGCAGCUCCCUAAAUGCCCUCCAGGCCAUCAGUGAGGGGGUGGGCACCUCUCUACCAGCACUCACCUCUCCCCCCGCACACAAGCCUGACAGCUCCCCAAGCAUCAACUCCACCCAGCAGGGACAGAGCCAGGGGCAGGGCGGGCUCUGUAAACCAGGCAUUUUAGACUCCAACAGCCCGGGUAGCUCACUGGCCAGUGGAGGGGAGCAGCAGCAACACACCCCCACUACAGAGGGGACCACAGACAUCCAGGCCAACAGGGAGGGCCCAGCCUGGGGAGAAGCCAACCGACGGGGCCCUGACAACAAGGGGGGCCAUAAGAAGCUCCUGCAGCUCCUCACCUCCCCUACAGAGGAGCUGGUGCCCCCUAAUCCCCAGGCCGGCCCUGGCACCACCCCCAUGGGCUCUGAGGCCAAGGAGAGCAUGGGGGGUAUGAUCAGCCCCUCCUCCACGGGCGUGUCCUCCACUGCUGCAGUGGGACAGCAAGGCCUAGGAGCAGGGGCUGCAGCAGCACACUUUGCCAACCAGUCCCUGCAGGAGAAGCACAAGAUCCUCCACAAGCUGCUGCAGAAUGGGAACACCCCAGAUGAGGUGGCCCGCAUCACAGCUGAGGCCACGGGGAAGGUCACAGAUGGUGGUGGUCCAGAGGCUGGGCCAGGAGGCCCAGGACUGGGACCAGGGCCGAGGAGGGCUGAGAUGAAGCAAGAGCAGCACAGCCCCAAGAAGGAGAAGACCCACGCCCUCCUCCACUACCUCCUCAACAAGGACGACUCCAAAGGGCAAGGGGUGAUGUCAAGGGGUGAUGUCAAGCCAAAGCUGGAUGAGUUAGAGGGGAGGGGAGCCUCAGGGGUCACAACCUCUGAACCCAACCCCAUGGUGGGGAAGGUCAAGACUGAACCACCUGAUGAGGUAGGGUGGGACAUUGUGCCUACGGUUAAUUAAUUUUAUAUUAUUUAUUCAGCAAAGAGCAGCUUGUUAACUAACAGUAACAUUUGUUUGUUUUCCUUCCCAGUUGGAAACCCUGGAGACAAUUCUUGGAGGCUGCAGGAACUCCAGCUCCAGGUUUUAUCCCAAACCAGACUCCAGAGCAGGAAAAGAAGUGGGAAACCAGCAGGGAAAUGGCCCAGAAAGUUUGCAUGGUAAACUAGCAUGAGUGGAUGCUAAUUAGAAUUUUGAAUAGAUCAUUCCAGAAGUGCUAAUAUGUUGUCCAUUUAAAAUAACUAUUAUGCAGCAAACCAUACAUCCUUACUAUAUGUAGAGGGUUUGUCCUUGGCCUGUACUGACCCUUCUGUCUGUUCCAGAUGGGGAGAGAGGAGCCAUGAUGUCUGCCCAGCGUGGGCCCCUCCAGAGGGCUCUGUCAGUGGAAGCUCGGCCCCUGGGUGGUGGUGGAGGCCUGGCAGGGAGGAGGAACGUCCCCUGCCCCACCCUCAUCAAACUGGAGAACAUGGAGGCCCCCAUUCGGCCAGGCAUGACCAUCGGUUUUCCAGGACCUGGAGGCAUGGGUGUGUGUCCACCACGGGCCGGUGCCGCCACAAGUAACUUACUCACUUACUUUGGGGUUGGGUUGAUUUGGUUUCAGCACAUGGAUUUUGCCCCUUUCCCUCUCAAUCUAGUGACCUUUCUUGCCUCUCCUUAUUACACUCCAAUGACAGCACUGCUGUUUAGUACUACAGUUAGAUGUAUUUAGUUCAUGGAUCAUAACCGCACUAUUUAUGUGUGUUCCCUAGGAGGUAUGAACAGGGCUAUGGGGAUGCCACAGCGGCCCUCCAUGGCAGGGCAAGGUGACUGGGGGAUGACCAGGUCCAGUGGCAGUCCUGUGGGGGCACCAGGACACCCCUCGAUUGGCCGGCCAGGGAUGGACUUCAACUCCAAGGGCAUGAUGGGAGGCCCCUUGGUCAACCGGUCCAAUAGUUUACCUGGCAACACCAGGUCUAUGCUGCAGCAGCAACUCAUGGAAAUUGGUAUGUAGUGUGUGUGGGCGGGGUGAGUGAAUAUUACAUGUAGUUUGGUUGAGUAUUUAUGACCAACUGUAUGCGUGUUCUUCAUGUUUGUGUAUGUAUGAUUGGUUCAUGCUGAAUUCUACUUUCUCUGUAGGUUCCAGUGAGGUGAAUAUGGGGAUGAGUCCCUUCAGUGGGCAGGGUCCUCCACCUCAGUCCCCCUCCUGGCCUGACAGUGCCAUGGGAAUGGACAGACCACCCACUAACACAAAUAGGUGAAUAACCUUCUUAAUCAUAAACACAUUUAUACACACUCACUGUCUCCCUCAUUCAGUUCCCCCCGCCCCAUCUGUUCGCUCUGUCUCCUAUUAACCCAAACAUCAUUAGCAUCAUUAGGUCUGGAGUGCAUUGGCUCCUCUGUAUACAGUACAACUGGUGCAUGUACUGUACUAAUCCCCCUUCCUUGUUGUGUACCAGGCGUCAGUUUGGGAACCCCCUGGAUGAGCUCCUGGUUCCGCCCUCCACCAGCCAGGGGCAGAAUGAUGAGCUGGCGCUGCUGGACCAGCUGGACUCUCUGCUCAACAACACUGAUGUUAUUGCCCUGGAGGAGAUUGACCGGGCCCUGGGCAUCCCCGACCUCGUAGGACAGGUACCUUAUGAGGACAUCCAGAUAACAUGGAGCUGAGUCCUCUAUUUACAGUCCCUAUAAAACCAUGUGAUAAGAAUCACACUGUUAUAUUGACCAUGUCUAACCUCUCUCUCUCCCUCCCAGACUCAUGGUCCAGAGCAGCAGCCAGGUCCGGGGCAGAGGCCCCCAUCAGAGCCUUUCCCUGGCCCAGGACCGGACACCUCCAUGGGGAUAGAGCAGAAGCCCAUGUAUGGCCAGGGGUACCCAGGACCCCCCUCCAUGGGCAUGCAGUCAGUCUAUGGGGGUAACCCCAUGCAGGGCCAGUCCCCUGCUGGUUUCAACCCCGUGAUGAACCAGAUGGCGGGCCAGGCAGGCUCAGGGGGCUUCCCUGGCAUGGGGGGGAUGGGUCACCCCCGCGCCAACAUGAGACCCCGCAUGAUGAGCGCCAUCAAGCCCCUUAGAGAGCAGCUGGUGCAGAGGUUACAGGGCCAGCAGGUACGAGCAUAAGACACACAUCACUUCAAAGUUGCAGAAGAGGCUACAUUUGAUUGUGAUGUCUAGAUGUAGAGGCACAUAUGAAAGCAGGCAAGUGGAUCACCUAUAUGGAUGGCAAAUGUGACUAACUUUAUUCUCUCCCUCUGUAGUUCAUGAACCAGACCCGUCAGGGCAUGGGCAUCAAGAUGGAGAAUACCCCUACAGGAAACCCUGCGAUGCGGCCUGUGAUGCAGCCCAGUAUGGGGAGUCAGGUAGGUAGUCAUACCCCUUUUUUUUUUUUUUUUUUUUUUUACCUUUAUUUAACCAGGUAAGCCAGUUGAGAACAAGUUCUCAUUUACACCUGCGACCUGGCCAAGAUAAAGCAAAGCAGUGCGAUAAAAACAACAACACCGAGUUACAUAUGGGGUAAAACAAAACAUAAAGUCAAAAAUACAACAGAAAAUAUAUAUACAGUGUGUGCAAAUGUAGCAAGUUAUGGAGGUAAGGCAAUAAAUAGGCUAUAGUGCAAAAUAAUUACAAUUAGUAUUAACACUGGAAUGAUAGAUGUGCAAGAGAUGAUGUGCAAAUAGAGAUACUGGGGUGCAAAUGAGCAAAAUAAAUAACAAUAUAGGGAUGAGGUAGUUGGGCGGGCUAAUUUCAGAUGGGCUGUGUACAGGUGCAGUGAUCGGUAAGGGCUUUGGAGACAAAACGGAUGGCACUGUGAUAGACUACAUCCAAUUUGCUGAGUAGAGUGUUGGAGGCUAUUUUGUAAAUGACAUCGCUGAAGUCAAGGAUCGGUAGGAUAGUCAGUUUUACGAGGGCAUGUUUGGCAGCAUGAGUGAAGGAGGCUUUGUUGCGAAAUAGGAAACCGAUUCUAGAUUUAACUUUGGAUUGGAGAUUCUUAAUGUGAGUCUGGAAGGAGAGUUUACAGUCUAACCAGACACGUAGGUAUUUGUAGUUGUCCACAUACUCUAGGUCAGACCCGUCGAGAGUAGUGAUUCUAGUCGGGUGGGCGGGUGCCAGCAGCGUUCGAUUGAAGAGCAUGCAUUUAGUUUUACUAGUGUUUAAGAGCAGUUGGAGGCUACUGAAGGAGUGUUGUAUGGCAUUGAAGCUCGUUUGGAGGUUUGUUAACACAGUGUCCAAUGAAGGGCCAGAUGUAUACAAAAUGGUGUCAUCUGCGUAGAGGUGGAUCUGAGAGUCACCAGCAGCAAGAGCGACAUCAUUGAUAUACACAGAGAAAAGAGUCGGCCCAAGAGUUGAACCCUGUGGCACCCCCAUAGAGACUGCCAUAGGUCCAGACAACAGGCCCUCCGAUUUGACACAUUGAACUCUAUCUGAGAAGUAGUUGGUGAACCAGGCGAGGCAGUCAUUUGAGAAACCAAGGCUAUUUAGUCUGCCAAUAAGAAUGCGGUGGUUGACAGAGUCGAAAGCCUUGGCCAGGUCGAUGAAGACUGCUGCACAGUACUGUCUAUUAUCGAUCACGGUUAAAAUAUCGUUUAGGACCUUGAGCGUGGCUGAAGUGCACCCAUGACCAGCUCGGAAACCGGAUUGUAUAGCGGAGAAGGUACGGUGGGAUUCGAAAUGGUCGGUGAUCUGUUUGUUAACUUGGCUUUCAAAAACUUUCGAAAGGCAGGGCAGGAUGGAUAUAGGUCUGUAACUGUUUGGAUCUAGAGUGUCACCCCCUUUGAAGAGGGGGAUGACCGCGGCAGCUUUCCAAUCUCUGGGGAUCUCAGACGUUACGAAAGAGAGGUUGAACAGGCUAGUAAUAGGGGUUGCGACUCCCACGUCAUGUUCCAUAAAAUCAACAUCUGGUAGGGCAGACCACCUCACACACACACUGAUUAAACCCAUCCUGUUGCCAUGUAGUACUUGCAGUCGUAUCAGUGUUUUCCCCUGUCUGCUUGGUUAGCCUGGCUUCCUGAAUGCUCAGAUGAUGGCUCAGCGCAGCAGAGAGAUGAUGACACUACAGAUGAGGAGACAGCGGAUGAUGAUGCUAAUGCAGCAGCAGCAACAGGCUGCAACAGGAGGCUUCAGCCCCCCACCUAACAUCACAGCCUCUGUAGGCAUGGACAACCCAAUGGCAGGACCCCCCAUGAACCAGCCAGGACAGCAGCAGUUCAACUACGGCGGAAACUAUGGUGAGCUAUCUGACCCAGAUACAUUUCCAUUUAUUUACUAGCCUUGAUGCAUCUCCUCCAUUGACUAUUCUCUAAAAUAGAAGGCUCUAUACUCCGGUCCCAACUCCCUUUCCCAUUCAUAACCUUCUGACCAGGAGUUUUUCCAUCCAUAGGGGUUGUAAUGUUAACUGUCCUCUCUUUCUUACUGCUAUUUCUAACGCAUUAUUACAAGUAUGCAUUGUUAAUUCUAAGACCUGUCUCUGGCUGUGCUUACAGGAAUGAGCCAGCAGGGGGAACCCUCGUUUGUAGGCGCAGGCAGCAGCCCGCCCAGCAACAUGAUGCCAGGUCGCGUGGGAGGGCCUCAGAAUCCCAUGAUGCAACACCACCCCCAGGGUGGCCCCAUGUACCAGUCAGCAGACAUGAAAGGCUGGCCACAGGGUGGACAGGGUGGAAUUCCACGGAACAAGUAUGUCUGAUACGCUGAUUAUAAUGGCCAAAAAAAAAACAUUACUUCCUGUUCUAUCUCGAUCUUCUCUACUCUGUUCUUUAUACCCCUCUGUGUUUCAGCUCGUACCCCCAGCAGCAGUUCACCCAGCAGGGGAACCCAGGCCAGUUUGGGGGGCCCAUGAUGAUGAAUGGCUCCAUGGGCGGGCCAGGCCCGGUCAGUGGUGCUGGUGGAGCACAGAUGGGCCAGAUGCAGGGGCAAAUGGGCAUGAACUCCAUGGGAAUGGGCCGAAUGCCAAUGGGACCUGAACAGGUAGAUAGUUUGUCAUUUGUUAAUUUAAAAAAAUAGUUAUAAAAGUGUAAUAACUUCCAGGUAGUGAUUUGAUAGCUCAGCCUGAACAGUGUGGAUUUAUUGUAACAUCUGUCCAUCCAUUUUGUCAUUUACAGAAAUAUUGCUGAAAACGUAUGUAAUCUUUAGGAGCCCUCACCAGGAGGACAGCAAAGACUGCAGUGCCCCACCUUUGUGGCUGCAGUGUGGGUGGGAGAAGGGAUGUCUAGGGGUCACCGGACACAGCCCCAAGAUCUUCUCCCUCCGCUGUUCUCUGGCUUGCGUGUGGAGGACACUCAUAAGCCACAGUGA